AUGGGGCUGCUGAUCGGGGAGACACUGGGGCCCCUGGCCAUAGCUGUGGCCAUCUUCCUUUUCCUGGUGGACCUGAUGCAUCGGCGACAACACUGGGCCACACGCUACCCAGCAGGCCCCAUGCCCCUGCCUGGGCUGGGCAACCUGCUGCAGGUGGAUUUCCAGGACCCCCGUUGCUGCUUUACUCGGCUGCGGCGCCGCUUCGGGGACGUGUUCAGCAUGCAGCUGGGCUGGACGCCGGUGGUCGUGCUCAACGGGCUGGCGGCCAUGCGGGAGGCGCUGGUGGACCACGGGGAGGACACCUCUGACCGCCCACCUGUCCCCUUCAUCGAGCACCUGGGCUUUGGGCCACGCUCCGAAGGGUUGGUCAUGGCCCGCUAUGGGCAGUCGUGGCGAGAGCAGAGGCGCUUCUCCGUGUCCACCUUGCGCAACUUCGGCCUGGGCAAGAAGUCACUGGAGCAGUGGGUGACCGAGGAGGCCUCGUACCUCUGUGCCGCCUUCACAGACCAGGCCGGACGCCCCUUUAGCCCCAACGCCCUGCUGAAUAAAGCAGUGAGCAAUGUGAUUGCCUCCCUCACCUUCGGGCGCCGCUUCGAGUACAACGACCUGCGCUUCCUCAGGCUAUUGGACCUAACAGAGGACUUACUGAAGGAGGAGAGCGGCUUCGUGCCCGAGGUGCUGAACGCGAUUCCAGUGCUCCUGCACAUCCCGGGUGUAGUCUCCAAGGCCUUUUCAGGGCAUAGGACCUUCCUGGCACUGAUGGAUGAACUGAUUGCUGAGCACAGGAUGACCCGGGACCCGGCCCAGCCACCCCGAGACUUCACUGACGCCUUCCUGGACGAGGUGGAGAAGGUCAAGGGGAACCCCGAGACCAGCUUCAGUGAUGAGAACCUCUGCCUGGUGUUGGCUGAUUUGUUCCCUGCCGGGAUGGUGACCACCUCAACCACGUUGGCUUGGGCCCUCCUGCUCAUGAUCCUGCACCAGGACGUGCAGCGAUGUCAAGGCCCAGCCCCCUGGCUUCUGACCACUGUGGGAACACUUGUCUGUCCAGGCCGUGUCCAACAGGAGAUCGAUGAGGUGAUAGGGCAGGCGCGGCGACCAGAGAUGGGGGACCAGGCCCACAUGCCCUUCACCAUGGCUGUGGUCCACGAGGUGCAACGCUUUGGGGACAUCAUCCCACUGGGUGCACCCCACAUGACAUCCCAUGACAUUGAAGUGCAGGGCUUCCUCAUCCCCAAGGGGACAACGCUCAUCACCAACCUGUCCUCGGUGCUGAAGGACGAGACAGUCUGGAAGAAGCCCUUCCGCUUCUACCCCGAGCACUUCCUGGACGCCCAGGGGCGCUUUGUCAAGCAGGAGGCCUUCAUGCCCUUCUCAGCAGGCCGCCGCUCAUGCCUCGGGGAGCCCCUGGCCCGCAUGGAGCUCUUCCUCUUCUUCACCUGCCUCCUGCAGCGCUUCAGCUUCUCGGUGCCUGCUGGGCAGCCCUGCCCCAGUGAUCAUGGUGUCUUUGGUUUCCUGGUGACCCCUUCCCCCUACCAGCUCUGUGCUGUGCCCCGCUAGA